AUGAAGCACAACUCUAUUGUGGCAUACAAGGUGCGGCUAGAGGAUGUACGAAAGCACCUUCGGGCCAAGUUCAAUGACCAGAGCAUUGAGGUCGAGGUGCGUAGGUCGGGUCACUGGGAGUGGCAGUGCUUUCGUGAACCAGAAGCUGAUCCGUGGCUCCAGCAUAUAGGGACCGAGUUUGUGUUCUAUCUUCCAAGGACCUUGACUGAAGCUGAGAAAGACGAAAUCUAUGAUCUAGCGCCAUGA